UAAAUCUUUUCAGCUGGACAUGUAUUUCAGGUUGUGGGUUGCUGUGUCAUUGCUGUUCAUUUGGUGGCAAUGUCCAUUCAUCUUUAACUUUCCUCAAUUUCUGUUUCUCAACACCUAUCUCUUGAACAGAAAUUAAUGAACAAACUGUUCCAUCUCUUGUCUUACUUCACUUAUGUUUCAUAAAGUCUUUGCAUGAUUUUGCCUGUGUUGUAGAAAUACUUUCUUCUCUUUCUGCAUGCCUUUCUUCUGCUGUUCUGCUUGUAAGAGAAUAUGACAGCAUAUUUGCAUGUUGGGCAGACACAAGACACAUCUGAUUUAGCCGCUGAAGCUGCACCAGAUACAUCUGCACUUGCACAACAUCCCACUACUCAACAUGAAGGAAACAUUCAACCAAUGUCCGAUGGCAUUCGAGAACCAAACAUAGCCACUAUUAAAGAAACUGACUACUUAAAAGAGUCUGUAAAAGAGACCACUCCAGAAGUCCCACAAGAAAACACCACUGUUAAUGUUCAUGAGUCUGCUCAAGAUAAGCAGAAACUUGGCACAGGACCUAAACCAGAGAAGGUUCCUGAUGUUGCUGCAAUCUCUCCAGAGAGGAUCCAGGCACCCUUGGAACCUUCUCCCCUCCAUGUAAUAGAAAAUGUCAAUGAAGAGCCAGUGCCUCCUGCAAGUGAUGGUCAAAUGUUGACUCCUCGACGACCACUGCCCCAUGCUGAUGGGGUCUCGUCUUUACAGAUUCCUGCAUCUCACUCAAAUCCUACUGGUACCAAUCCAAAUCACAAGGGUCAUAAGCAGACUACAUCUGUCUCCCGAGCUCAAACCUCAGGUCAGGGCCGUCUUCACCAGCGCACAAGCUCCCGCGCAAUCGCGACACGAUCUCAAAUUCAUACUCCAACUCAAUCUGUUCCUCAACAUAAACCGCAUCAGACAGCUCAGUCUUCUACUGUAUCAGCACGACUGAAAGAGGAUAAAACACAUGGAACACAGAAGCCGUCCCGUCUCUAACAUUUUCUCUUAAACUUUGGAAUGAUUAGUCUAAAUUUCUUUUCUAUUGCUUGUUACAUGCAAGAAGUUCCCAUUUUUGUAUCUAUAAAAGGUUGAUUUGGUCCAUACAAUACUGUCAUAAUUUAUAUCCACUUUAAAAUUUGUGUUUGUCAAUCUGAAUCUAUCCUACGUGGAAGAGUUAUUCAUAUGGCAGUGAUUCCAGUUGUCAUAUUUUCAUAUUACUGGCUGUCUGUUAAGCAUAUCCAUUUGGUAGUCCAAUUUACAGUCUGAUUACUCUUAACUCCUUGAAGUUAAUUAACUGAAUUGUAAAAAGCUGAAUGCAGUAAUUUUUUAGCCUUGCAUUUUUCUUUUAUUAUUUUGAUUGUAGAUUAUUUUGAAAGGUGGUUUUUAUGGUCAUUAUUUCAGUUUGAUGAAGUGUUUGACCAGAGUGUUAAUAGUUUUUCAAAGUGGAAAUCUACUCAUAGUUUUUAAUGUGCAUGCUGCUUAUUUCCUGCUAUUAGCCUCCUAAUUUCCAUGCAAUGAGACUUAUCAGGGACGCCCCACCUUCAAACGUCGCCAAAAACAAAUCUGACAAGGUCUGUAUGUGUACUUUUGGAUGUUCCCAAACCAGUUCCACACAGCAUGUCAUUUAGUUGUUUUCAGCUUUGUUGUUUGACUGUACCUUUCAGUUUUAUUGUAUGUAGCUCACAUUUUGUCUAGCUUGUUAUUAGUGUGACCACCUAGUGUUGUUUUUUUUUUUGUAAUUAUUCCUUUUUAAUACCACUCUGUCUACUAAGUAUAGUUUACUUUACUGCGGCUAAGUUUUUGUAGUUCUUGACUGUUCACUUUUUUUAUUAAUUUAAAGUUAAUUUAUUUCUACUAAGCUUUGUUCUUAAUGUUAAGUUCUUAAUGAGGCAUUAAAAUUGUCUUGAACUUGAUGUGAUUUAUUGCUUGGUUUCUGGAAGUUAACAAACUUGUGGUGAAACUUGACCAGUCUUUAGUUAUAUAUUACAUAUUGCAUUUUGGUUUUAUAUAUUAAGGGAUGUUCAGUAUCCAUGUUCUGAUUGCACCUUCUUAUUCCACAUAUCGAUCCUCUCUCACAUAUUUCUCUCUUGUCGAUCAAGCUUUGUAUUGCCUUUGGUAAAGUUGGUGGUAUAGGCGUGAAGCAAUCUGCCAGCCACUGAAGUUCAGUUGCUUCUGUCUUGUGGUGUGUGGCGAUCAAUACAUGGUAUUGUCUAAAUUUCAUGUAUCUUCAAAGCAGCCUUUGUCAUGAAAUUUACAUCAUUAUUGCUGUUAAAAGAAGAAAAAGUCACCAAUGCUAUUUUAAAAUUUGAUACUUAUCUUGGAACAAACUGAUAUCUCAAUUUGCUGAACUGGAGUAAAUUACUUAUAUUCAUUGAUUUUGACAACUGCUCUAUCUUUUUGUUGUAUUCCAUUUCUAAUAAAAGAAUGUUUAU